CUACCCGAGUGCGCAAAAAGAAAAAGGCGGAUGUUUUCCAACGGGCGCACUUCCGGGUCGACUAAACUUGUGACAAUGACAGCGCCAGUAUAGCCGACGGAGCUUCCCCUGAAAAUGAGGAAUAUCGUGUUAAUUGUCCUCCUGGCUCCUUGUUGGGUCGACGGUGCGAUUAGGUCGAGAGUCACCGAGGAGGAGAACCGAGAAGAAAACCCGGAGCUGGAUGCUCUGAACUCCAUCCUGUCAGAUUUUGAGGUGCUGCCGUUGUCAGGCCUCCAGCUGCACUCUGUGAGGAAGAGGGACGUCCACACCGAGUCCCACCUGGAGCGCCUGGUGAGCUUCAGAGCCCUGCACAGACAGUUCAAGCUUUAUUUGACCACCAACACAGGCCUUUUCACUGACAACUUCAAAGCUGUGUUUGUCGAUAAACACGGAAAGGAGAAGAACUACGAUGUCCAACUUCAGAACUACUUCACUGGGCAUGUUGUAGGAGAGGAGAAUUCGCGUGUGCAGGCACACAUAGAAGGAGACGAGUUUUCUGCUCACAUUCUAACAGAUGAAGCCGAGUACAACGUAGAGCCUCUUUGGAGGUUUACAGAUUCUCCAACUGAUGGCAGGUUGCUGGUUUAUCGCUCGGACGACAUAAAAAAUCUGAGCCGCAUCGCCUCUCCAAAAGUGUGUGGUUACGUUCACGCAGAGUCCAAGGACCUGCUGCCACAGACUGCCAGGGAGGACUGGGACGGGCAGGAGGAGGUGAACCAGGAAAAGGAGUAUCAUCACAGAGCGAAGAGGCAGGCUCACGACCACAGGAAAAACACCUGCCCCCUGUUGCUGGUUGCAGAUUACCGCUUCUUUAGACACAUGGGCCGCGGACAAGAGAGUGUCACACUCAACUACCUGAUUGAGCUCAUUGAUCGCGUUGAUGACAUUUAUAGAAACACAACUUGGAACGAUGAAUUCAAAGGCUAUGGGGUCCAGAUCCAUCAGAUCAUCAUCAACAAAGAGCCUACAAAGCCUCCCCCUGGCCAUGCUGGAACCGGCUGGGUCCAUUAUAACAUGGAGAACAGCCCUGUGAGCGGAAAGCAGGUCUGGGAUGUGAAGAAACUUCUGGAGCAAUUCAGCUCAGACAUCGCUGACAACGCCUCCACUGUGUGUCUGGCCCACCUAUUCACCUACCAGGAUUUCGAUGAAGGCACACUAGGGCUGGCCUACGUCGCCCCCUCCAAACCUCAGGCCCUGGGUGGCCUCUGCCCAAAACCAUACUACCCAUCACACUCUGUAAAGAAGCCCAGUUACCUCAACACAGGCCUGACCAGCACCAAGAACUAUGGCAAAACCAUCCUAACAAAGGAGGCAGAUUUGGUGACCACUCAUGAGCUGGGCCAUAACUUUGGAGCAGAGCAUGAUCCUGACAACAUCCCUUACUGUGCUCCCAGUGACGAUGAUGGGGGGAAGUUUGUCAUGUACCCUAUUGCUGUGAGCGGCGACCAUGUUAACAACAAGCGUUUCUCCAAUUGCAGCAAGAUAUCUGUAGGAAAGACGUUACGUUUCAAGGCUCCCGUGUGCUUCAAGGAGAGGAACAGUAAGGUAUGUGGGAACUCCAGAGUGGAGGAGGGAGAGCAGUGCGACCCGGGGCUACUCCACCUCAACGACGACCCCUGCUGCUCAUCCGACUGCAAAUUCAAGCACAAGUCACAGUGCAGCGACAGAAACAGCCCUUGCUGUAGAAAUUGCAAGUUUGAGCAGGCAGGUGUGAGGUGCCAGGAAGCCAUAAGUGCUACCUGUAAAGGCAUAUCCUCCUGUACAGGCAACAGCAGUAAAUGUCCACCUCCUGAAAACGCCAUGGACAACAUGGUGUGUGUUGACAACGGCCGGUGUCACAACGGAGAGUGCAACCCUUUCUGUGAGGCCGUGCAGAACCUUCAGUCCUGUGCCUGCAACGAGACGGAGGACUCCUGUAAAGUGUGCUGCAGGAGAAAAGAUGGCACCUGCUCUCCCUUCAUGCAGCGCGACGGCAGCUUCCUUUACCUUCGCAAAGGAAAACCAUGCACUGUGGGCUUCUGCGACGAGAGCGGAAAGUGCAUGAAGCAGGUGCAGGACGUGAUCGAGAGGUUGUGGGAUUUUAUUGACAAGUUGGACAUUAAUACGUUUGGGAAGUUCCUGGCUGAUAACAUAGUGGGCUCCGUCGUGGUGUUUUCCCUCAUCUUCUGGAUUCCUCUCAGCAUCCUGGUUCACUGCGUGGACAAACGACUUGACCAGCAAUAUGAGGAGAACACAAAGUGCUUCUACUACCCUCCAAGUCAGAUGGUGGAAGUUUGUAGUAGAGCUCCCGCCAUAGAGUCAAGAAAUGCUGAGCAACCUCGAGUCAGCAUCCGUGCGCAUCGUCAAGCCUCCUCAGCCUCCCUUCUUCUCCGGCGCCCGGACCGCGCCCUCCUCCCUCCCACAGCAGCAGCAGCUUCAGCAGGCCAGCCAGGUCGGGGCAACUCCCGCGGCCAACAGCAGCAACAGCAACAACAGCAGUACCCAGGACCCCGGCCCGAGCUGCGGCCUCACCCUGGACAGCGCAGGGGGCCUGCGGAUGGCCACCAUCCAGGAGGACACCAGCAGCGACUCUCACCUGGGAGAGGAGGGCCUGUCGGACGAUUUCACAACCGCAGGAGCCUGCUCGUCGGCUAUGAAAUCCUCCUACGAGGAUCUGACAGAACAGAGCCAUCCAACCAGGGACCGACGGCGCCUCAAGAGACAGGAGUGCAUUGACUCUAAAGAGACAGAGUGCUGAGAGCAAACGACCAGUACUGAUACGUGUUUUAGGGAACAUGCAAACACACGGCGCCUCAUAUGCAUUUAAACACAAAGCACAGACAGCAACUAUUACAUCCUCAUGUUUUGUAGGUUAGAUUUAAAACUAAGAACAAGAUUUCAGCCAACACUAGAUGUGGAUUUUAUUCACUCAACCAUACAGAUAACAUACGAGUAGUCUCAAAUCCCUGUGACUGCUAUCAAAAUACUUACUGGUCCAGUUAGAUGGGUGGUUCCUCGGCACAGGUCUGUGGAAAUUAAUCUACCACGGGCUGAUCGCCCAAACAUAUCAUGAAGUUCAUUUAUCCAGUGGCUGGUUUCAGUUAUCUCUCUAGUGGCUCUAUCUACCUUUUGUGUCCUGUUUUUUUCCCCUUAAAGAAGCUGUGAUUGUGGAUCAAAACUUUAAAAAACAAAGCAUCAUGUUAACGGCUUCAGCCUUUCAUUUCCUCCCUUUUUAAAGUACUGUCGUACCAGUUUGCACCACUAACUGCUUAACACGCGAAUGAUGUAACAUAAUAUCGAUGUUGUAGAUGUGGUUGUUUUCCCUGUGAAAGGAAACAUUUCAGUGUGAUAUAUAUAUUAAUCAGCAAACGCUGAAAUUUGACCUAAAAUGACCUGAAUCUGUGUGUCAUAACUGCACUAGAAGUAUUUUUCACAUCACUGGAAGAAAUAAGUUGUAUACAUGUUUUAAUGUGUUGUGUCAUCAGUGGCUUCUUUUGAAGACUCGCAGGCUUGUAUAAUAUUUUGCCCCCUUUUGUACUACAUUGUUAAUACUGUGCAAGGAUUGAGUGGUGGUCUCCAUCAGUGUUACACUUGUUUUAUUUGUCAUUGUGUGGUUUGAUCGUGCUAUGAAACGACACGGUGCCUUUUUCAGAUCUCGUGCCUAACCGUUCCGACUAAUUUCUGUGUUUACCAGUACACGAACAUAAAUCUGGACAAUCCUGAAUUUUAGUAACUGUCCGAGGUGCUUGAAUGUUAUUUUUGCGCUUGGUUUUCUGUCCUUGUGCCAAUGUGAGUUAUGCACCUCUCUCUCUCUGAUUUAAUGCCGUCUCACCACCGUUGCCUGCUGUCACGUUAAAAUUGUGAAAUAUAUAUUUAACUGUAGGUCAAGGAAAAAAAAAAGUAGACUGUGUAGGUAACAGACUCUACCGGAUGAUGUGAACUGUUAAAGAACGAGCAGAUGUUCUGUGUCAUAUAUUCUUAUGAUGUGUAUAUUCAUGUUUCUCUGCGUAUAAAUGUCCACUUAUGAGUUCCUUCCUUUUUUUUUUUUAGUUUCUUCCUUGUAUUACGUCUCACACAUCUCAAAAUAAAAAUCUUUAUUGUGUAUUUUA